ACUUGAACCCUAAGCGAGCCUGGACACCCACAACCGCUUCCACUUGAAAGCCUCAGUCUCGAUUUCGACUUACCGCACUGUAUCCAUCUUCGACCUCAACAGCUGCACGGAGACAAGAUGACCAAGCGCACUAAGAAGGUCGGUAUCACGGGUAAAUAUGGUACCAGAUACGGUGCCUCCCUGCGUAAGCAGGUGAAGAAGAUGGAAGUGUCCCAGCACGCCCGCUACGUCUGCACCUUCUGCGGUAAGAACACCGUCAAGCGCCAGGCUGUUGGUAUCUGGGAGUGCAAGGGUUGCAAGAAGACCGUCGCCGGUGGUGCCUACACCGUCUCCACCCCCGCCGCCGCUGCCACCCGCUCCACCAUCCGUCGUCUCAGGGAAAUCGCGGAGGUUUAAGUGUCACGAUGGGAUUUUCUUUAUCUUACGUUUGAAAUAAAAAAUAGCGAAAUUCAAGAUCUGGAAAGCUCCCAAGGGCUCCUCGUUACGAAUACCCAGCCAUCAUCUGAACCGAAUGGUUCUUAACCAAUAGACACAAAUAUAACCCGUGAUUUCAGGUCUUCUGCAAAUAGGACUGCGUAUCAGCUAUUCCACAUCUGCCAUGUCUGCUCUACCGCUCUUUCAUUCGUAUCACGCUGGAUCUUUAUUUCGUUCACGAUCACUCGAGUUUUUAAUACGUGUGACCAUGUCUUCUGACGGCACAGGACUGCUGAAAUACAAGUGGAGUAAACUCGUGCACCCAACGAGAUAAGCCUGCGGAGUAGGC